AUGCUCUCCGCGCUCAAAUUCCAGUCGCCUCGCGCCUUCGAUGUCGCACGACGCGGCUAUGCUACUCCUUCCGCCGCCCAACUCGUCAAACAACUCCGUGAAACGAUCGACGGCUUGUCAAUAUCCAAAGCCCGCGAAGCACUCGCCGCAUCGAAUAACGAUAUAAAUGUUGCACUGGAGUGGCUCUCGAAGGACAUGGCUCUGGCCGGCGCGAAGAAGGCCGCAAAGGCUGCCGGCGCAGGGCGCGCAACGAGUCAGGGUCUACUCGGACUUUCGGUCCUCUCGCGUGGCGCUGGUGUAGCGCAGGGAAGAGGCGGCGUCCGUGCUGCGCUUGUUGAGCUCAACUGCGAGACAGACUUCGUCGGGCGUAACGAUCUAUUUGGCGCAUUACUGGCGGACGUGGCGCAUACGGCCGCUUUCCUGGCCGAACCGGCCGCCGAAGGGCAGCAUAUAGCAAAAUUGGACAUCUCGGCUUUCGAGGGCGCGCCCUUGAUCUCUGCUCGCGACCCUAGCGCAGCUAGCACCCUGGCCGUUGGAGACGCUAUCAAGGAGACUAUUGCAAAGACGGGCGAGCUCAUUGUGCUUCGACGUGCAGCGGCCGUCGCACAUGGGCCAUUGAACCCUGGCCAGUCUCCGCUUGGCCUGCGCGUAGCUUCAUAUGCACACGGAGGUGCUACGCCCGCCACGGGACGCAGCGCGACGCUGGCCUUGCUCGCACUCAAGUCGGAGAAGUUACCAUCACUACUUGGCAACGAGGCCUUCUUGCAAGACCUUGACCGCAUCGAGCGUUCCCUCGCGCGUCAAAUCGUCGGUUUCACAGCGGAUAGCAUUCAAGGCGCAGACGAAACGGCUCUGUACAGCCAGCCGUUUGGCAUGCUCUCUGGAACACCCACAGACUUGCCUGUCGGGGAGUACUUGCGCAAGUGGGCGGCUGAGCAGGGUCUGGGAUCGGGCGAGGAUGAGGGCGUCAAUGUGGUCGAGAUGCUCAGGUGGCAGGUUGGUGGUCCGGAGUAG